UACAUUUUUUCUGUAAACAUUUGCAUUAUAUAAUUCCAUUCUCAACCUUCUCUCUCAUACACUUGCGGGAACAAAACACAUCUGUUUCGUUUCAGGCUUCCUGAGAUAUAUAUCUAUCUGUAUCAAUGGCACAACUGAGAAGCCCAUGUGGGUUUGUUCUCACCCUUCUUCUGGUAUCUGUAUCUUGUUAUGAAACUGCUGGAGAUCAGUAUAGAUCGGCGGUGGGCGAUCCCGGGAUGAGAAGAGAUGGGUUGAGAUUGGGAAUAGAGGCAUGGAACCAAUGCAAUGAGGUCGGAGAAGAAGCUCCAAACAUGGGAAGCCCAAGAGCUGCUGAUUGCUUUGAUGUUUAUAAAGCUAUUCCCAACUCAAAUGGAGGGAAGAGCUGCUCACUGUGCAAUCGAGUCCCCCACAUGCUAGUCCACAGAGUCACAGAGGAAGACAACAAGCUUGGGGUAGGACAACCGAUUCCCGGAGGGCACCCCAAGUCAUUCACGAACGUCGACCUCUACGCAGCAGAAAAAGAGCUUUACUUGGGCUCAAAAUGCCAAGUUAAGGACACCCCAAAUCCAUGGCAGUUCUGGAUGAUCAUGCUCAAGAGUGGCAACAUGGACACUUACGCAGCCAAGUGCCCGAAAAACGGGCACAGAGUCGAGCCCUAUGGUCCCGACACUCGGUUCCCGUGCUUCGGGAAAGGGUGCAUGAACCAGCCAUUGAUUUACCACAAGUACACCACAUUGCAAGGGCCUAAUAUGACUACGCUGAGAGGGAGGUUUUUUGGGUCAUGGGAUUUGGACUACGAUUUGAGUAAUGGGAUGGGGGAGAACUCUUCUUACCAUUCUGUGAAAUGGGAAAAGGAAAUCGGAAAGGGGAGUUGGGUUUUCCAUCAUGUCUUGAGGACUUCGGUUAAGUAUCCUUGGCUGAUGCUUUACUUGAGAUCGGAUGCCACUGCUGGUUUCUCCAGCGGGUACCAUUAUGAAACACGAGGAAUGUCCAAAAUUAUCCCAGAAUCACCAAACUUCAAAGUGAAAUUCACCCUGAAUGUGAUCAAGGGUGGGGGUCCAGCAAGCCAAUUCUACCUACUGGACAUAGGGAGCUGCUGGAAGAACAAUGGCAAUCCCUGUGAUGGAAAUGUGACUUCCGACGUAACCCGAUACAGUGAGUUCAUACUAAACCCCGAAACGCCUUCGUGGUGCCGACCAGACGACCCCAGACUGUGCCCUCCUUACCACACAUUCGCCAACGGUACCCGUGUCCAUCGCACCAAAACGGAGAAGUUCCCGUACGAGGCCUACCAUCUUUAUUGCUCCCCCGGAAAUGGAGAGCAUCUUGAGAAGCCCUACGGUUUGUGUGAUCCCUUUAGCAAUCCUCAGGCUCAGGAGAUAUUGCAGAUAUUGCCUCAUCCUGUUUGGGGGGACUAUGGGUACCCUGUCAAGACAGGGGAGGGGUGGAUUGGGGACCCCAGGAGUUGGGAGCUUGACGCGGGGAGAUUGUCUCAAUCUCUCUACUUUUACCAGGAUCCAGGCACUGAACCAGCUAGGAGGCGAUGGACAUCGGUCGAUUUAGGAACUGAAAUUUAUAAAGACCCUAAUCAAGUUGCAGAAUGGACUGUUAGUGAUUUUGAUAUCCUUGUACCUGAGCAAUGAAGAUCCUUGAGAGAUACACUAUUGCCUCGAUCCAAAGAUCAAUUAUUUCUCAUAUCUCCACAGAAGAAUACAUGGCAUUGAUAAUGCAAAUGUCGUGGUUAUAGCAUGGACGGCUCUACCCUUAUUUUAAGGGUUCAAGCGAAAGUACCGGUUCAGAAAAUGUACUAAAGUUUUGUAUUUUUGUAUCUAUAAUUUGAUUUUUCUUCUUUAUUAAUGUCUGCUGGAUCACAAGUAUGAAUAGAAAAUGAAUAAAAUUCCGAUAAACUUUUAUUA